GUUGGUUAGUCGGCGGCUGCUUGUCACGGUGAUACCAGGGCAAGGUGCUACACCACCAACAUGACCACAGCACAGUCGGCGUUGCUGCUUGCGGUGUAUAUUCUACUGAUCACAGAGUUCAUCCUGGCAACGAGAGACUACUACGACAUACUGGGGGUGCCUAAAGAUGCUCCUGAUCGCCAGAUCAAGAAGGCUUUCCGUAAACUGGCCAUGAAGUACCACCCUGACAGAAACAAGAGCCCGGACGCCGAGUCAGAGUUCAGAGAAAUAGCAGAGGCAUACGAAACGCUAUCAGAUAAUAAGAGAAGGCUCGAGUAUGACCAGUUUGGUCAUGGUCCCUCACCAGGGGAGGGUCAUGGAGGAGGUGGAGCUGGCAGCUACAACUUCCACCAGCACUUCCAGUCGUUUAACUUUGACGACAUUUUUAAAGACCUUGACCCAUUUGGUCAACAUCACAACCACCACCACCACCACUCCCAUUCCCAGACACAUCAAAAGAGACACUUUGACAGCCACUUCCCGGCCCAACAGGAGUCCCUCAACAGGCACAAGAGACAGUUUCAGCAAGGGGGAUUUGGAAGAGGACUCUUUGACGACGUGUUCGAGGACUUGGAGAAGAUGUUCACCUUCAACGCACACAGUACUCAGACUGAGGGAAGAUUCCAAGGCCCAGGCAAACGGCACUGCAGGACAGUCACCCAGCGCAGGGGCAACAUGGUGUCCACCUUUACUGACUGCUCCUGAGACCAGCGGAACAUAGAAAAUAAAACUCAUCCCAAAUGAUUGGACACUGUUGGGGUUUGAGCUUUUCAAUUGUGGGUAUGGAAACUGAAAUAUUAAUUUAUCGCUUGAUGCAAACUUUGUGAUUUUACUGGUAUAUACACAGCUAGGAACAAAUAACUGAGUUGGUUAGAAACUAUGGCGGUUUCCAAGCAAUAACUCGUAUACAUUGUAGCCCACAAUAUAUAGUAGGACUUCAUUGUGAUGCCGUUCCAAAUUUAGGGCUUUCCUAUUUGUCAUUUUGUUUACAUGUAGGGGGGAGGGCAUCUUGUGCUUAUGCAAAAAUCCACCAUUCUCAGGUAUGGCCUAAUGUUUUACUGUUUAACAGCAGUUUAAUUUUUGUAAGCAGUGACAUUCAUUUUGAAGCCACAAAGGCCCUACCUUAAUGUUUUGUUUUUGCUGCCCCUAACAUGGAUAAGACUAUGAUUUUUAAACCCAAACAGACGACACAUCAGAUGUUCUUGGUACAAGGGAUGUGAUGUCGUAAGAUUUUUGGAUUUGAGCACAGGAAUUUGCACCCUGUCAUUGACUUUUUUUUUUUUGUUUCCUUCAAGUGUUCAUUUACUUGAAAGGGUGAGGAUUACACAUAAAUCUUUAAACCUUUUCACAUAAGAAUUAAGAGCACUUGGAUUUGGACUGAAGGUUCAUAAUAUCUGAAACAUUUAAGGGUUCCUUUAUCAACUGUUACCUCAAAGUGGGAAACUUAACACCAGCCCCAAGCUAAAUGAAAGUAAAUUUGUCUGUGACUGGUAAGUUUAUCAACAUUACCAGCCUUGACAUUAUACAACAAACCAUGAUUUGGUGGCCCGGCUCUAGUCUAAAAAGCGAGGAAAAUGCUGAUGGGGGAGUGGCUGGGGAAUUUUUUUUUUUUUAAAGACACCAGUUUGUUCAUCUAGUGAAGUUAUUUCCUACAUUGGUUGUAAUGUGCAAUAUUCAGUACCUUUGCUCUUUAUGUUGCCUAUCUUAGACAGUGCCAUAAACAUGGAAUUGUCUAAUGUCUGCACUUUGUGUGUGUGUGUGAGUGAGAGUGUUGAGAGGGAGCACACGAAUUGCUGAUUGGUUGGUAAAUACAAUAAAUUAAUACUGUCAAAAA